AUGUGGGCCUUGAAAUUUAGGCCUCAAUAUCAGCCCACCUUCGGUUUCGGGAAGAUUUUCUGGAGCUCCGUUGAUCGAGGCAGCUUCAAGUCAACUCCGAUCGCUGCCAUGAAGCUCGCUAACACAUCGGCAUUGCUCAAUGCCUUUCAGGGGUUGAGGUUGUGUGCCUCUUCUCCUCUGCGACAACUUCAUACCCCUCUUCGGCAGUCUUUGAAGACACUUGAUGCGAUUCGACGACCUCAAAAUGUUCGAGCCUUUUCGACGACCCCAUCAAUGUUGGGCAACUGGCUUGAGCCAAACCUGAACCGAAAGAAGAAGAUGGCAAAGGGACGGCCUCGUGUGGCCACAGGUGGUUCGACCAAGGGUACGACAGUGAUUUGGGGCGACUAUGGUAUACGAAUGACGGAUCAUCACCGAAGAAUCAGCGCCAAGCAACUGAAGAUGGCCGAGGACACCAUUAAAGUGCGACUUCGAGGUCAAAAAUACCGAUUGUAUAAGCGAAAGAACUGUAACGUUGGUGUAUAUGUCAGCGGUAACGAUAUGCGUAUGGGUAAAGGUAAAGGUUCCUUCGAUCACUGGGCAACCCGAAUGGCUGUUAGCCAGAUUCUAUUCGAAAUCCGAGGACGACUUCACGAGCAAGUUGUGAGAGAUGCUUUCCGUUUGGCUGGUAACAAGCUGCCUGGUCAAUGGGAAUUCGUUAAGAAGGGAGAGCCUCCCAUGGUUGGAAUCACCAAGUUGGACGGCGUGACUCUAGAAGAGUUGAAAAGACCUCGACGACACAUUGCUCCCGUUGAGCUACUGGAGGCUUCCUCGCCUACAACUGAGACUCUGGUCGGGAGCACUUCUGAAGCUUCCCGCAAACCCGAGAGAUUUUGA